AUGAGUGGAGGCCCCACACAUACCUCAGAGAAGUAUCUAAUGCCCUCCCAGUCACCCCAUCCCAAUCCCCUGGAUAUAGACCCUCUCACCUCAGAGAAGUGUCUAAUGCCCUCCCAGUCACCCCAUCCCAAUCCCCUGGAUAUAGACCCUCUCACCUCAGAGAAGUGUCUAAUGCCCUCCCAGUCACCCCAUCCCAAUCCCCUGGAUAUAGACCCUCUCACCUCAGAGAAGUAUCUAAUGCCCUCCCAGUCACCCCAUCCCAAUCCCCUGGAUAUAGACCCUCUCACCUCAGAGAAGUAUCUAAUGCCCACCCAGUCACCCCAUCCCAAUCCCCUGGAUAUAGACCCUCUCACCUCAGAGAAGUGUCUAAUGCCCUCCCAGUCACCCCAUCCCAAUCCCCUGGAUAUAGACCCUCUCACCUCAGAGAAGUAUCUAAUGCCCACCCAGUCACCCCAUCCCAAUCCCCUGGAUAUAGACCCUCUCACCUCAGAGAAGUAUCUAAUGCCCUCCCAGUCACCCCAUCCCAAUCCCCUGGAUAUAGACCCUCUCACCUCAGAGAAGUAUCUAAUGCCCUCCCAGUCACCCCAUCCCAAUCCCCUGGAUAUAGACCCUCUCAUCUCAGAGAAGUGUCUAAUGCCCUCCCAGUCACCCCAUCCCAAUCCCCUGGAUAUAGACCCUCUCACCUCAGAGAAGUAUCUAAUGUCCUCUCAGUCACCCCAUCCCAAUCCCCUGGAUAUAGACCCUCUCACCUCAGAGAAGUAUCUAAUGCCCACCCAGUCACCCCAUCCCAAUCCCCUGGAUAUAGACCCUCUCACCUCAGAAAAGUGCCUGAUGCCCUCCCAGUCACCCCAUCCGAAUCCCCUGAAUAUAGCCCCUCUCCAUUCUCACCAAUAA